UAAUGAGGCAUUUUUGAGGUAAUGAAGAAAGAAACGUGGAACAGAAACGCCCAAACUAAAAUUAUCUUCCGAUGCCAACUACCUCAAAAUUAACUAUUUUUCAAAUUGCCGGUCUGAUUUCACCAACCAAUUGCUUAUGAUGCUUCGGCUUUUACAUCAUUUACCAUCAUCGUCAUCGAGCUAUGAGAGCAGAAGGCUCAUGUCUGUCAAAGUUUUUCAAACGACAUGUCGUAUAACAUUUCCUGGGAAUCAACAAAAUAAUAAUGUCAACAAGAAGAAGAUGGCAGUUCCUGAUUCUGAUCCUCCUAGUAUUGCUGAUGUCAAUCUCUUGUAUCAAUUUUUUCAACAAAGCACUAACCUUAUGGUUUUGACUGGAGCUGGAAUUAGUACAGAGUGUGGAAUUCCUGAUUAUAGAAGCCCGAAUGGAGCUUACAGUACUGGUUUCAAGCCAAUUACUCAUCAGGAAUUUCUCCGUUCAAGUCGUGCCCGCAGGCGGUAUUGGGCUAGAAGCUAUGCUGGAUGGAGACGAUUUACUGCAGCACAGCCUAGUGCAGGUCAUCUGGCUUUAGCAUCUCUAGAAAACGCUUCCAGGAUAAAUUUUAUGGUCACACAGAAUGUUGACCGAUUACAUCACCGUGCUGGGAGCAAUCCACUUGAACUACAUGGAACAGUGUAUUCUGUCAUUUGUCUUGAUUGCGGAUUUUCUUUUAGUCGUAAUCUAUUCCAGGACCAACUGAAAGUGCUUAAUCCAAAGUGGGCAGAAGCAAUUGAAAGUUUGGAUUAUGGUAGUCCUGGAUCAGAUAAAAGCUUUGGCAUGAAGCAAAGGCCUGACGGUGAUAUUGAGAUUGAUGAGAAAUUCUGGGAGGAAGAUUUCCACAUACCUACUUGCCCAAAAUGCAACGGAGUGCUCAAACCAGAUGUAGUAUUCUUUGGCGAUAAUGUUCCCAAGGAUAGAGCUGACAAGGCAAUGGAGGCUGCAAAAAGUUGUGAUGCAUUCCUUGUAUUGGGAUCAUCUCUGAUGACCAUGUCUGCAUUUCGACUUGUCAGAGCAGCCUAUGAGGGUGGUGCUGCUACAGCUAUAGUAAAUGUCGGAGAGACACGAGCGGAUAAGUUGGUGCCCUUGAGGAUUAAUGCCAGAUUGGGAGAGAUUUUGCCUAGACUACUGGACAUUGGAUCACUCAGCAUCCCCAGUGUGUAGUUAAGAUCAGGCGAGGACGACCGUCAAAUGGGCAUUGUUAUUGGAGCAAAGAGAUAUUCCGGUCUCUGAGUUUGUGCGUCAUGGUCAAUUAACUCACACUUGACCAUUUCAACUGAGGACAAUACUGUCCAUUUUUAUGUCGAUUAACUUCCAAAUUGUACAAAAUAUAGUUAAUUGAUUGAAAUAUUCAAGUGUGAGUUAAUUAAUUUCGAUGUACAAGUUCAGAGUCUGCAAUGACCCUCAGUUCAUUAUUUUUCUGUUUCCGUCAAUACUACCAAACUCGAUUCAAUCGAAUGUAUUAUUUCACAGGUUCCCUCCUGUACUUGUUUAGAUUUGAAAUUUAUCAAUUGCUAUUAGUCUUCUUCUA